AUGUUAGUGCAAGUCACUACCCUCACGGAAGCGGAUAUCUCUGGAGCCGUAACUUGUAUCCAGCAGGCUUUCAAGGACGAUCCGUACAACCACUGGGUGUUCGACAAAGACAAUUUCUCCUUUGAGCGAAAUGCCGUCUCCCUUGCCAUUAGAUGCAGAUGGGGCAUGAGCCAUGCUCUCUUCCAUGUGGCCAAAGAUAAUGACGAUCCAACCGGUGAAGUCCUGGGUGUGGCGUGCUGGCUCCCUCCGCGCUCCUCGCAGACGGCGUUGAUUUGGCAUGACUGGGCGGGCGACUGGUGGCUAUGGUUCUCUCAGGUCCGAAUGAAUAUGUGGUACGGCCGGGGUGGACUGAACGUUCAGCGCUACUGGAUCUGGAAAGCGCGACAGGCUGAGGCACAAGAACAACUCUGGACUGAUGCAAAAGGAUACUAUUUCUGCAACAUCGUGACUGUGCUACCAAAAGCGCAAGGCAGAGGUAUUGGGAAGCUGCUCUUCAAGCAUGUUAUUGAUCAGGCUGAUCGCGAGGGCGUGAAGUGCUAUCUGGAGAGCAGCCGUGCCGUGCCCAACAUGGCUAUCUAUGAGAAAAUGGGAUUUGACAUGGCGAGGGAGAUGGAAUGUGCUGAUGAUGGGACUGCGAUUACGCUCUAUUGUAUGAUGCGCGAGCCGAAGUUGAGCUGA